UCUAACUCCUUCACCAUGUCAACGCCGAAGGGCGGCCGAAAGGUGGCGGAAUCUCGGGUUCUGUACGGGCGGUUAUAGUAAGUCCUGACUAUCAGCUGCCGGUCCUACGGUGUGCCCUCACCUCGCCUCCCCUCUGCGGGAGUUGCUGAAGAUGGCUACGAAGAAAUUAGGCUCCCGGCUGGAGACGGAGAUCGAGCGGUGUCGCUCCGAAUGCCAGUGGGAGAAAAUCCCCGAGCUGGUCAAACAGCUGUCGGCUAAACUCAUCGCCAACGAUGACAUGGCUGAACUUCUCCUGGGGGAGUGCAAGUUAGAACAGCACCUUAAGGAAAACCCAAUUAAGCAGGGAACCAGUUCACCAGGACCCAGGGCAAAACUGACAGAGGUCAGGAAGCAUUUAACGGCAGCACUCGAUAGAGGGAACUUAAAGCCUGAAUUCUUGCAAGAAGCCAGUUUAAUCAUGGCCAAGUUGAAUUACGUGGAAAGUGAUUAUAAGGAAGCUCAAGCUAUCUAUAGCAGAGUUGCACUUGAUGAGAUGCAGUUAGUGGCAGUGCCUGUCUACAGACUGAGGAUGAUUGCUGAGGCAUAUGCAACAAAAGGUUUGUGUCUAGAAAACCUGACAGCUCUCUCUCCUGCCAAUAGUCUGCACGGAGACCGCGAACAGGAAAUCAUUACUUGUUAUGAGAAGUGUGGCGAUAUUGCUCUGCUCUACCUGCAGGAAAUGGAAAGGGCAAUGAAUGUUGGUCUGCAGAACAGAAGUCCGAAACCAGGUCCAACCUCCCAGGAACAAGAGUUGGGCUUUUUCUUGGAAACAGGACUCCAGAGAGCACACGUCCUGUGUUUCAAAAAUGGAAACUUGACAAAAGGAGUUGGGCGUUUCAGAGAAAUUCUAAGAGCUGUAGAAACUAGAACCACUCAAAAUCUGCGAAUGACAAUAGCAAGGCAGUUAGCAGAAAUUUUGCUCCGUGGAAUGUGUGAGCAGAGUUACUGGAGUCCACUGGAAGACCCUCCUCAGCAGUCACCGUUAGAUGACCCCUUGCAUCAAGGUUUAAGUGCCAAAAACUAUGCCCUCAGCAGAAGACCAAAGGUGUACACUGGAGAAAAUGUUUUUUGCCCUCAAGAGAAUACAGAAGAGGCCCUUCUGCUGCUCCUGAUUAGUGAAUCCAUGGCUAAUCGAGAUGCAGUAUUGAGCAGAAUUCCAGAGCAUAAAAAUGAUCGUAUCAUUAGUUUACAAAGUGCAUCCAUAGUAUAUGAUUUGUUGACAAUCGCAUUGGGAAGAAGAGGGCAGUAUGAAAUGCUAUCAGAGUGCCUUGAAAGAGCUAUGAAGUUUGCCUUUGAGGAGUUUCAUCUCUGGUAUCAGUUUGCAUUGUCCCUGAUGGCAGCAGGGAAGUCUGCUCGUGCUGUGAAAGUUCUGAAAGAAUGCAUCCGCUUGAAGCCAGAAGAGCCAACAAUUCCACUUCUUGCUGCUAAAUUGUGUAUUGGACCUCUGCAUUGGCUUGAAGAAGGACAAAGGUUUGCCCAAAUGGUCGUAGAAUCUGGAGACAGAUCAUCUGAAUUUAAAGCUAAAGGGUACCUUGCUCUUGGUUUGGCGUAUAGUUUACAAGCUACUGAUGGGCUCACAGUUUAUCCCCCACUGAUCACCUUGCAGCCUUUUACUUAGCUCUUCAACUUGCGAUCUCCAGGCAGAUUCCAGAAGCCCUGGGUUAUGUGCGACAAGCUCUUCAGCUCCAGGGAGAUGAUUCCAACUCUCUUCACCUACUUGCACUAUUGCUAUCAGCACAGAAACACUACCAUGAUGCACUGAAUAUCAUUGACAUGGCAUUGAGUGAAUACCCAGAAAAUUUCAUAUUGCUGUUUACAAAAGUCAAACUGGAGUCUAUCUGCCGUGGCCCUGAUGAUGCACUUCUUUCAUGUAAAAACAUGCUGCAAAUCUGGAAAUCGUGUUACAAUCUCACAAAUCCAAGUGAUUCCGGACGUGGAAGUAGUCUCUUAGACAGGGCCUUUGCUGACAGAAGACAGCUAAAUAAUAUUACACUACCUGACUUCAGUGACCCAGAUACAGCUUCAGAUACCUCCUCUGUUUCAAGGCCAGAGUCUCCUCUUCACCUGUUUGUAGCUUCUCAUCUUCCUUACUGUCAUACCAAAUCAGAUAUCACUUUAAGAUUCCCAGCUGCUCCUGGGUAUUCUGAUCAUACCUCAAGACCACAAGCUUUGUGCUCAGUUCAUGCUACAUCCAUUGCAGCUUCCAGAGUAGAACAGGCAUUGUCAGAGGUUGCCUCAUCUUUGCAAAGUAGUGCUCCUAAACAAGGCCCUCUGCACCCGUGGAUGACGCUAGCACAAAUCUGGCUCCAUGCAGCUGAAGUAUAUCUAGGAAUUGGGAAACCGGCUGAAGCUACAGCUUGUAUCCAGGAAGCAGCAAACCUUUUUCCAAUGUCUCACAAUGUACUGUUUAUGAGAGGUCAAGUGGCAGAACUUCGAGGCAAUGUUGACGAAGCAAAACGAUGGUAUGAAGAGGCUUUAUCCAUCAGUCCUACACACGUGAAAAGCAUGCAGAGGCUGGGACUUAUUCUGCACCAGCUGGGACGUUACAGUUUAGCUGAAAAAAUCCUGCGAGAUGCUGUCCAAGUAAACUCUACUGCUCAUGAAGUGUGGAAUAGUUUGGGAGAGGUGCUGCAAGCUCAGGGCAAUGAUGAUGCAGCUGCAGAGUGUUUCCUUACAGCUCUAGAACUAGAAGCUAGCAGUCCCAUAGUCCCCUUCACCAUCAUUCCCAGAGUUCUUUGAGACGGGUGCUGCUAACAGGCAAAAACUUGUAUCUACACUCCACAAUGGCCAUUAGAGUUUCCUUAAAGUUUACAAGAUCAUAGCAAAAGUUUUUGAGAAGGAGGCUGCUUCCACGUUAUUACAAUCAUGCAUCAAGAUUGUAUUGUAUUUCUCUGUAGUUUUCUGCCUGCAUAUGUGGUAACAGAAGAUACCACUGUUCCUGAUGACAUGUUAGACCAAAUGUGUGGUUGCUUUUGUAGAGGACAUUUUUAGUUUAUACAGAGUUGUUCAUAGUCCACCAGAAACAUUUUGCUGCUUCUCAGAAUUGUGGGUGAGCAUAUCCCUGGAAUGGAUUUUGGUUGUUUUUCAUGGUUAAUUUGAUAGCCUCAUUGUACGAGCAGUGUAUGCCUCACAUCCCCAUAGAAUGAUGUUUAGUCCUGAUAGCCAGUUACCAUUAGCCAGUGGAGUUGUGUCUUAUCACAUUGCUGUCUUUGGUUUUCUCCAAAUACUCUAGUUUCCUUCCAUCUCGGAAAAGCUUGCCUGUUGGUUACACCAAAUUGUACAGGUAUAUGUUGCAUGCACCUUUGUCUGUGUGGUCUGCAAUGUGGCUGAAAAGAGUAAAAAAAAAAAAAGACGACACUUUACUUUUCCAGUCAACAGACAAAAUAAAGAAAUAAACUCUUGGGGUGCAUAUUAUAUUUAGAAUGUACUGUAAUUUAGGGUGAUUAUUAUCUCACAGCUUUUCCUAGAAGAAGUUGUCCAAAUGGACUUAAAAGGGUCAGAAUCUCUCUUCCAUUGUGUAAAUGUUAUAGACAUGUACAGAAUAGUUAGAGGUAAUCGAGAUUAAAUGUCCUGAAAAUUAUUUGACUUAGUUUGAUUCUUCGUUUGUCUAAAGCUUUGAAAUGGACUUGCUUUAGGAAGGGGGGCCAUAAUUUAAGCAUUUUCUAGCUAAAUGCAUUGCAGCAAAGCUACAGAUUCCAUUCAGACAGAGGUGAAUGCUGUAAAUGUAGAUUACGUCAAGGAAUAAAAUGUGUAUCUGUACUGUCAUUCUUCAGACUAGUUGAUAUUAAACACUUUGUGUCUUUUAUUUUUUAUUUGCAUGUUCAUUUGAUCUCAAAACGAUAACUUUUACAGACAACUGGCAAUUGUAUUUACUUUGUUUUUGAUUAAUAUCUGUGCAGUCUGGGUUCUUUUAUCUUUAGGUCAAAUCCUGCAAAUGAGAAUAUUUAUAUUAUAUAGAUUUAUAUCUGUUACAGAAAUAUUUUGAAUAGUUUUGGUAGUCCUGAACAUUUCAUGUCUGUAGUGUUUGUCUAUCAGUAAAACCAUUCUUUGACAGCAUUUUUUGACUGUUAAGAAUUUCCUAAGAAAGUGAAAAUGGCCAAAUGGAAAAAAAAAGAAAAGAAAAAAGUGCAAAGCACAGACGUAAAGAAUGUGUUUGUUUCAUGAAGACGUUUCCUUCACCUUAGGACAGUUAUAAUGGACAUUAGAUGAUAUAGCUGAAUUAGGUGAUAGUUUGACACUGCCUGUAAACACAACAAGACUCCCAGUUCAUGGAGAAGUUUGGAUGUCGAUAGGCACCUUAUUUUAUUUGACAAUGAGUUACAUCUUCCCCGUACCUGUUUUGCGACAGAAUUCUGUUCAUUUACAAGUCAUACUGCAGAGUAUGACGUCACCUACCUCAGAAUGAUAUAGUAUGGCAUUGCUUACAUAAUCAUGCAUAUUCAGCCUUGUACAUGUCAGAUUAGGGCUUAGUUUAGCUAUUAAGAAUCCUCAUGUUCAUUUCUUGUACUACAUGAACACUUGAAAUGUAAAAUAAAUAUUUUGAAAUUCCUGCGUA